ACCAAGUUGCUAUUUAGAGACAUGCUCAGACCGGUCUUAUUGCCUCAGACAUACUGCCAGGCUCGGCACCAUCGAGCAAUGGGACGAUGAAUCAUUACAGAAGCGUCUCUCCCACGCGGCGAUGUGGCACCAUUCACUAAGUAGAUAGGAGCUAGGCUAGCUAGAGCCCCGGCAGUGUGCAGCGUGGCCGACCCUGGUACAAACUAACUAGUUAUCUAUCCAAGUGUUGCUAAUUUCCCAAUACCAAAUGCCGAUGACCCUCUCGGAGGCUCAAACAGGUUUCUGGCGGAAAUCUAGACGGUUCGAUGAGUGGCGCGGGCGGAAAAAGUCUGGCGACACCGCUGGUAAUUCUUUAUCCGGGCCUCUGGUUGUCUCUCUUGCAUGGCUUGGCGGAUGGGUACAGUAGCUAACUAUUGGUAUAGUACUGUGUAUCUAGGUAUUCGGUGUCUCUGGUCAGACAGGCCGUGAAUCCGAGGAGUAAGUGGGGGGAGGGGGGCGGUGGCAGUGUAGCACUGGAUGAUGGUGCGAUAUGGGAAUGAAGAACUUAGAAGAGCCAAGGGAGGGAAUGAGAGAAUGUGAGAGAGAGGGGAAGAGAAGGGAAGAUACAGAACAAGGUUGUUGGUAGAUAAGAGGAA